AUGAUCACCCCUUUCUUCAACCUCACUCAAAACGACGACUUUGUCAUCGUCCACAUUACAAUUCCUUCUUACCAACAAUUUGGAAAUGGGGACGUUGCAAUCAAUGGAAAUCAAAUGGUGUAUCAUUCACACCCUUACUUCCUGUCUCUCACAUUCAACAACGAAAUAGCAAAAGAUGGCUCUGAAAAGGCGGAAAUUGAUCGUCUUGACUGCAAACUUCAUGUCUAUAUACCUAAGGCAACGAAAGGAGAGGUCUUCCCUGACUUGGAUGUUUUGCCACUUUUUCUUACAAAAAAGAAAGUUUUGAGCCGGGUGGAAGUGACUGGUAAAAACACAGACUUUGAAACCCUCCAAAAUGAGUCUGAAAAAACUCAGGAAACUUUUGGAGGGCAGGAGGAAAUGCUUCGCAAUUUUACUGCCGAAGAUUUGCAAAAGAUGAAAGAAAUAGAGGCCAAAAGGGCGGAAAAAAUAGAAAAAACAGAAAAAGAGGAACCCCACGAAAAACUCGACUUUUUCGAUCGAAACGAUUUGAUACUUGGGGAAGACCAGAUAAUCAGAGAAAGAGAUGAAUCAAUCAAAAUGACGAUUGGGAAGUAUGGAUUCAAUUCGAGUCACUCCGGCGUUUUUAUCGAUUUAAAUCAAUCAGCAGCGGAAAUUGUAAUGGUAAACAACCCCGAAACUGCAACACAAUAUGAUCGUCAUAACCAGCGCGUCGAAGAUGAAAACAAAAAUUUUGACAGAGAUCGAUACAUUUCAGACACUUUUGAAUGGGAAUACAUGGAUGAUGUCAUGGGCAACAAUUCGUUUGUAUGGAAAACAACUGAAUGGAUGGAUGAAGAAAAAGAUGAAGCAAACAAAACACCACAUUUGGACGUAGCUGUGGAGGAUGGUGAACAAAAGCAACUUUUCAGAGAUUUGUUCCAAAUUGUAUUUGGUUUUGUGUAUGAUCAAAUAGUUAUGGGAGACACCACAGUUGAAUCUGCGUGGACUAUUGCGACUUUAGCCCCCGUGCUUUCAUAUCUUGAUGAAAUUGAAACAGCACACGAAGUGGUGAGUGCUUGUGUAAGACGGGGAGUUACAUAUCCAUUGGUAAGAAAUUAUGACCUUGCAAAAAAAGCUAUUGAAGAAACACUUUCAAUUUUUGAGGGUGGAAAGUCGACUUUGGUUCGAAUGGUGCUUCGGAUCCACAGAAUUUUCAAGUUGGACGAAUUGAAGCACUACCUUUGCUUUAUUUUUUUGGACGAAUUCACAGUAUGGGCACCUAAAUCCAGUGAUGACAUUCGAUUUGAAGUAACAAAAGAAUUACGAAACGCAUUUGAUACAAUCACAAAAGAUGGGUUGGGACUUCCACUUCUUGAGGCUGAACAGGUUUAUAUUGACUACAUGAAUUCAAUGGAUGAAGCACCAAAUGAAGUCAAAGAAAACUUUUUGAAUUGA